AGCGCGAGGAGGAGGGAUCUGUCAUCUUCACGGUCUCAGGCAGCAGCAUGUGGACGGGCUCCUAUCGUGCCACUGUCGAGACAGAAAUGGCGAGAGCCAGUGUCAACAUUCGAGAACAUCUAUCUUUGGAUGCAGAGUAAGCUGAUGUUUCACAGCUGUAAAUAGUUUUGGAGUCUUGGUUCAUUGUAUUCAGUCUACAGGGCACGCGCUACACUUUGGCGGUGGUGACAGUUAAUCUAUCUGAGCUGGGUUCUCGGCCAGUGCAAUCUAAGGAAUUAAUCGUUAUACAGGACCAUACACCUGCAACUUGUUCCCAGAACGGUGGUGACUGACUCCCGUUGGAUGUAACGUUGAGCGGAGUGACGCGGGUCGGUUUGCGGGCAAAUAGAGCGGUGGCGGACCAAACGCACAACGUCCAAUUUACUCUCCCUUCCCGUGUCCCUGUGCUCCGCCCGACUCAUAACGGAGAUGUUGCUCCUCGGAAUACUGCUCAACAUCUUCAUACGAGGUGUGGUCCCCUCCUUGUCACCCCUCCCCCUUGGCUUUGUAGACUGUGUGGAGGCAGAGAGGGGGUGUAAGGAAGACCCCCGGUGUAAGGAGCUGUACAUGACCCUGGAGUACUGUUCAUCCGAGGAGGCGUUGGCUCCGCUGGGGAACAAGGCCAGCAUAGAGUGCCUGGAGGCCCUGAGUGGCCUGCACUACCUCCCUCUGUUGGCCUGCAAGUGUCAGCGCGGCGCACGCAGAGAGGAGCACUGCCUCAAAGUCUACUGGAGCAUCAGGAUCCUGCAGGGUUAUGAUGACUUUGAGGUGUCUCCCUAUGAGGACUCGCCAGUGGAGUCUUCUCGAAUGGCCUCCUUAGUGGCAGCAGCCUCCUCUCUUCUUUUAGAUGGACAGAACGUAUGUCUGAAGGCAGCCCAGGACUGUGGUCUGUAUGAGAAAUGUGGUUCCCUGAGGUCUGAGUACGUCCUGGCCUGCACCAAGCAUGCCCCAGGCUCGGACCACUGCAACAGGCAGAAGUGCCACCGGGCGCUGCGGCGCUUCCUGGAGCGCGUUCCGGAGGAGUACAGCCUGGGGUUGCUGUUCUGCCCCUGUACUGACAAACUGUGUGGGGAGAGACGCAGGAAGACCAUCGUCCCUUCCUGUUCCUACCAGGAGAGAGACUGGAUACAGCCCAACUGUCUGCUUCUGCAGAGCUUCUGCAGGAGGGACCAACUCUGCAGGUCCAGACUGGCUGAUUUCCAGCAUAACUGCCAGCCCUCUGGCCAUUCCCCUUCUGGCUGUAUCAGAGAGAGUGGAGCUGUGUGCCUCAAAUCCUACGCCGGACUGAUCGGCACCAUCAUGACCCCCAACUACGUCAGCAACAGCACUGUGGAUGUGGACUUGUGGUGCAACUGCGAGGGCAGUGGCAACCAAUGGCAGGACUGCCUGAGGAUUCAGCACAUGUUCACCAACAACCCCUGUCUGGAGAACUCCAUCAGUACCAUGGGUAGCUCCUCCCCUCGGCCAGUGGAGAUCACUUUUCCCCCGCCCUCUCGCCCCUCCCCCUUGGACCAGCAGAAUGAGUUCAGCAACAACGCCCAGGAUGAGCUCAGCAACAACGCUGUGGAGCAGAGUGAGGAAGAGGAGGAUGUGGAGGAGGAGGAGGAGGAGGGGGGUCAGUUUGACGUGAUCCCUCUCUAUGCUGAGAAGGCCACGGUAUCCAACCUGGGUUCUGGGGGUGGGGAGGUGUCCCCCCGUCUUUCCAUCGGCCCCCCUCCCUCCCUGCUGCUGCUCCUUCUGCUACUGUCUGCCUCUCUGAGCUGUGGGUAAGAGGGGAGGGCACCCCCUUCACACAGACAAGAGCCCCCCCACAGAGACUGAGAGACUGAGAGACUGAGAGAGAGAGACUGAGAGAGAGAGAGACUGAGAGAGAGAGACAGAGAGAGAGAGAUUUGUACAGUUUUCUUUGUCUUGCUUCACCUCCCACUGUCAGAGACUUGUCUUGUAUGACAGACCGGGAUGAACCAACUCCAAAGUGACAGAGGGGGGUUAAACUGAGUGACUUGAUAUAUUAUAUGUAAUUUCCUCUUUUGGUGAAAACUUGUGACAGGUUACUAUGGGUCCGAUGGCGCUUCAGUAUAUUCAAGCUUAACUCUGUCCAUUCAUACCUCUAUCUCCAGUGAUGGAGAAGUGCUUUCAGUAAGUCAUGAAAUACUAGUCAGUGGUAUGAAGGAAGUAAUGUGCAUAUGUAGCAUCUCUAAACAUGUAGCUUGACAGUGUGUUCUGUCUGUGCCAGUGUGUGAGCAUUAUGCAAAGAGUAGAAGGUUUUUCAGAAUCAUCUCGUCUCCCGCCUCAUACUCACCCCCGUCAGCAGUCACACACACACACACACACACACACACACACACACACACACACACACACACACACACACACACACACACACACACACACACACACACACACACACACACACACACACACACACACACACACACACACACACACACACACACACACCUGGCUGCAGAACAUUAGAUCCAUCAGAUGCUUAUGAUUUAUUAGUCUAUCUGUGUCCCCGUGACUCAGCACAGGCCUGGGAGAAUGACCAGCGGCAUUAACACAAAUAAAACAGUCAUAAUGAGAGGAAGAAGGGUGUUCCAUAAAUGUGAGUAAUAAAGCAAGUACAAACCAAAUGUACUAACUUUUCAACAGGUGCAGGCGCCCGUCUGGGGUUGACACUGGCAAAGAAGACGAGGGGGUAGAGAGAGAGUUUAUCGUGUGUGGUCUAUUUCCACUUUUUACUUGUUUUAGUUUGAGGGGAGAUAAUAUGGUACGACGGCAUUAACUCUUUAUCUUAUAGUGGCUCUUGGGGAAAAGUGUGGGUGAGCGAGCAGUAGAGGGAGAGAAAGAAAGAGUAAACCAGAGAGAGAGAGAGAGACCCUUGAGCGGAAACAUACCAUAGAGAAUGGCUGGCCCUCCAUUUCCUCUGUCUUAUAAAUCUUUUGCUGACACUAAUGUUUUUUGUCUCUUGUUCUUUCCUAUUUCUGGGGGACGUAAAAUUAACUUCCAUCCGGAGGGGUUGGAGAUGG